CUACCUUCUACCACCAGCUUUCGGACACGAUCAACAUGACUGGCUCGAAAUCCUACGACUACAUCAUUGUUGGGGCAGGCAUUGGCGGGUUGGUGCUCGCAUCUCGCCUCACCGAAGACGCCGAGGUGAAUGUCCUCCUGGUCGAGGCUGGCGCUAACCGCAUCGGCGAUCCUCGCAUUGAAACCCCUGGUCUCCUGGCAUAUCUGUAUGGAAAUCCGGACUUUGACUGGGAUUACAUGACCGAGCCGCAGGUAUGCCCCAUGGCACGAUUUCACAUCCGGGGCGUUGGCUGACUGUCCAGGUCCAUGUCAACCAGCGUCAGAUUGCGCAGCCACGGGGCCGUAUGGUGGGUGGAACAUCCGCCAUGAAUUUUUCCGUCAUCAUGUACCCAUCUGAGGCCAAUUUCGCGGCGUGGAAGUCGCUGGGGAACCAGGGAUGGGGACCCCAGGACAUGGCCCCCUACCUUAAAAAGUUCCAUACCUACACUCCACCCGGUCCAGAGACCGCAAAGUACCUGUCCCUGGACCGGUACAUGAAGCAGGAAAACCAGGGGGCGGACGGUCCGGUUCCCGUCACCCUGCCUGAUGUAUACGGCGUGUUCAACAAGGCUUGGGAUGAAAGCUUCGAACGGCUGGGCUGGCACAAUGACGUAGAUCCUAUCUCGGGUCGCAAAGUAGGCACCUUUACUGCACCAUUGUCGGUCGACGGAACCACAGGUCGUCGCGGUUAUGCCGCCGCGUACUACUCGCCGGAGGUGGCACAACGACCGAAUCUGGACCUCUUAGCGGAGACUCUCGUCGAGCGAGUAUUAUUGACUAAGGAUGCAGACGGCCAGGCCGUCGCGACCGGCGUGCAGGUCAGAACCAAGAACGAAGAGAGCCGACAAAUUUCCGCGACUCGUGAGGUCAUCAUCUGCGCAGGGAGUCUGAACUCACCGCAGCUUCUCGAAUUAUCCGGAAUUGGGCAACGCGAGCUGUUAGAAAAACACAACAUCCCGGUGAUCAUCGACCAGCCCGGCGUUGGAGAGAAUCUGCAAGAUCACUGCUUGGCAGGCAUCAACUUUGAAGUCGCCGACGGACAAGUUUCAGGCGACAUCAUGCGCGAUCCCACCAUUGUGCAAUCCUUGAUCCAACUUUAUGAAGACACGCGCGGGGGUCCGCUGGCCGGAACGCCCAUUAGUGUGGCGUACCUGCCUUUGGUGGGCCAUGACGGACAGCUAUCAAAUGAAAGGGUCCGAGAGCUGCUGACCCAAUACCUGGACCAGGGUCUGGAGGAUCUACCACUGGCUCAGCAGAAGCAGUUUGCUCUCCAGCGGGAAUUACUCGAGGACGGCAGCAAUGCCUCCUCCGAAUACAUGUUCCUUCCAUUCCAAACCCACAUGCAAUCGGGCAAAACCACCAUGGCGGAUUUGUUCGCCAAGUCGCUCCCAGGAAACUACAUCACCAUAUUGGUCAUGCACAACCAUCCGUUCUCCCGGGGAUCAGUGCAUAUCCGCUCCGGCAGUCCGGAAGACCGACCGAGCAUUGAUCCGAACUAUCUAUCGCAUCCACUUGACAUCGAGAUCCUGGCCCGUCACGUCCAGUACCUCGAUCAGAUCGUCGCCACCGCGCCGUUUGCGGGGCUGUUGAAACCCAAUUCCCGCCAGCCUGAACAGGCGGUUGACUUCAAGGAUCUCGAAAAGACGAAGGAGAUUGUCAGGGAACGUCUUUUCACAUGCUUCCACCCGUCGGGGACUUGCGCCAUGAUGCCCGUCGAAUUGGGGGGUGUUGUGGACGCGCAGCUGCGGGUGCACGGCACGCGUAAUCUGCGUGUCGUGGAUGCGAGCAUCUUUCCCUUGGAGCCGACGGGGAAUAUCCAAGCCACGACAUACGCGGUAGCGGAGCGGGCAGCGGAUUUGAUUCGGGGGAUUUGACGGUGCACAAAUAUUUAGCAUAAUUUCAUUGUGUUUCUACUGUGUAGU